AUGGUGGUGGUGGCGGAAGAUGGGGGGAUGGUGGUGGAUGUGGGAUAUGGGCAUCAGCAUCAACCUCAGCAUCAACAUCAGCAUCAUCACAAGCAUCAGCAUCAACCUCAGCAUCAACAUCAGCAUCAUCACAAGCAUCAGCAUCAACCUCAGCAUCAACAUCACCAUCAUCACAAGCAUCAGCCUCAGCAUCAACUCCACUCUCAGCAUGAACCCCAGCAUGAACCUCAGCAUGAACCUCAGCAUGAACCUCAGCACGAACCUCAGCAUGAACCUCAGCACGAACCUCAGCACGAACCUCAGCAUGAACCUCAGCACGAACCUCAGCACGAACCUCAGCACGAACCUCAGCAUGAACCUCAGCACGAACCUCAGCAUGAACCUCAGCACGAACCUCAGGACGAACCUCAGCAUGAACCUCAGGACGAACCUCAGCAUGAACCUCAGCAUGAACCUCAGCACGAACCUCAGCAUGAACCUCAGCACGAACCUCAGGACGAACCUCAGCAUGAACCUCAGCACGAACCUCAGCAUGAACCUCAGCACGAACCUCAGCACGAACCUCAGCACGAACCUCAGCACGAACCUCAGCAUGAACCUCAGCAUGAAGUCAUUCCUCCUGACGCCAUUAAACCGACAUCAAGUAAUUACUUGCGCUUGAAAAAAAAAAUAAUAAUAAAAAUUUAAAGAAAAAAAAAUGAAUCAAGAUUUUUUCGUCUUCUUCUUUUUCUUCUUCUUUUUCUU